AUGAGAGUUGUAUUGGUAAACGAUACAUCUGCUGAAGAGUUCUCCAAGCAAUUGCUGUUAAUCGGUAAUGGCCGUGUAGCUGUUGAAGAAUCGACCGGAUUAAUUGCAUUUCUUUCAAAUUUUUGCAAUUUCGUUUCAUCAAAAGACGAACUCAUCAAUGAAGUAUUUCCGAUCAUUGAUAAUCAUAAAAACAAAAAAUGGUUGAGUGAGCGAGCAAUUUUGGCAGCUAAGAACAAAGAUGUGAAUGACUUAAACUUUGUAAUUCAAAAUCAAAUCGUUGGUACUCUGCAUACAUUCAAAUCUAUUGACUAUGUAACAAACGAAGAAGAAGUUACCAACUAUCCAACUGAAUUUUUGAACUCCUUGGAUGUGCCUGGCUUACCACCGCACAAUUUACAAUUAAAGAUUGGUUCGGUAGGCAUUAUGCUUCGAAAUCUAAACCAACCAAAACUAUGCAAUGGAACGCGUUUAGUGAUAACAAAACUGAUGGCCAAUGUGAUUCACGCAAUGAUACUCAAAGGAAAAUUCAAAAGUGAUGAAGUUCUCAUUCCGAGGAUUCCAAUGAUCUCAAUCGAUAUGCCCUUUGAGUUUAAACGAAUUCAAUUUCCUAUACGGAUUGCAUUCGCUAUGACUAUAAAUAAAUCACAAGGCCAAUCCUUUAGUGUUUGUGGUCUGAAUCUAGAAAAUGCAUGCUUUUCUCAUGGUCAAUUGUACGUGGCAUGUUCACGUGUAGGCAAACCAUCUGCUUUAUUUGUUCUUGCGCCUAAUAAAAAAACAAAAAAUAUCGUAUAUCACAAGGUUUUUUAUUGA